AUGACAAGUAACCAACAACCACGAGACAAAGCAAAGCGCAAACCCCGCUCUCCUUUUCCCUUUCCCCUCCCCACUCCCAUCACCAAAAGCCUCACCACCCACGCCCGCCUCCCAGACAUCAAAAAAGUGCCUUCUGACAGCAAAACCUACAUCCUAACCGGCGGCUUCUCCGGCCUCGGCCUCGCGAUCCUCACUCACCUCCUCACCCCGAAACACCCAGACACUUCACCACCCACAAUCCACGUCCUCGACCUCGCCUCCACACCCCCAACCCUCCCCGCCACCCUCCCGACCGCAACCAUCCACUUCUACCCGAACACCGACGUAACCUCACGCGCAGGGAUAACCGCCACCUUCGACCGUAUUCUCGCCCAGUCCCCGCAGAUCGAUGGACUGAUCAACAGCGCAGGGAUCUGUCUCCCGCCGACGAUCGGCGGGAUCGAGAGCGAUGAGCUCUUCGAUCGAGUCCUGGACGUGAAUCUGAGGGGCACGUGGAUUGUGGGGACGGAGUUUUUGAAGCACGUUCUAAACAAAUACGCGGACGCAGCGGCCGGGAAUACCGGGGCCGCAGGAGGAGGGGGUGUUCAUGCCCGCGCCGCGAUUGUGAAUAUCGCGUCCACGGCGGCGUUCUCGCCCCCGCCGGGGAUGGUCGCGUACGCGACGAGUAAGUAUGCGGUGCUGGGGUUGCCCAAGGCGUGGGCGAAGGAGUAUACGUCGCGCGGGGGUGCGGGUGAAUUGCGUGGCGCCGGGGGGCACGCGGACGCCGUUGGUGGACUCGGCGUUGACGGAGGGGAUGAUCGAUGCGUAUGCGGAGAGCGCGCCAAUGGGGCGGUUGGCGGCGCCGGGGGAGAUUGCCAGUGUGGUGGGGUUUUUGUUGGAGGGCGGGGCGGGGUUUGUCAUUAA